AUUUUCGUUUUAAGUAAAAUAUCAACAGAAAAUGGAAAGAGUAGUAUUUGAUAAAGAAAGCAGUUAUGAUAGUGACGAAUUUGUAGCUCCAACUAGUGAAAGCGGCGAAGACUGCUAUGAAUUAAGUAUACGGAAGAAGAGGCGCUUUAAUUUAACCAGAACUGCACUAGAAUGUUCCACAACUGCACUAGAAUGUUUCAGAACUGCACUAGAAUGUUCCAGAACUGCACUAGAAUGUUCCAGAACUGCACAAGAUUCUAAACAAAAUAUUGUUGAAGAAGCUUCUGGAAACAAUGCCAAUAAUGUUCAUGUAGCACAAACUGAAAAAAGUUCUGAGAUAGACAUGAAUGUACAACCUACGAAUGUUGCUGAAUUAGUGACAAACAAGUAAGCCAAAUAUGUAGUGUUCCCCCUCGAUCACCCUCUAAAUCUUAAAUAUAUAUUUUAUUUAUUUA